GAAUAUCCACCGGGGAAGGGAGUUCUGCGCGCACACGCUGGCAAAGACUAGCAACACUGCUGAAAGGGAGCCUCAGAAUAGAGGAUCUUGGAGGAAAGUGACCAUGGACCUCAUCCCAAGCUUUUCCACAGAGACUUGGGCUCUCCUGGCUACCAGCCUGGUGCUCCUCUAUCUAUAUGGGACCUCUACACAUGGACUUUUUAAGAAGUUGGGAAUCCCUGGGCCAACACCUCUGCCUUUUCUUGGAACUGUUGUGGGCUACCGUAAUGGUUUAUGGGAUUUUGACAAGAAAUGCUUUCAAAAGUAUGGAAAUAUGUGGGGAGAUGUAGCAUAUUUCCAAACCACCCUGUUUCCUGGUGGGCUGAUGGACUUGAGGAUUGUAUGGAGUGGCCUCAGCCAGUUACAGCAGCUGUUCCCCUUCGGAGCUGCUGGAGGUGUGAUGUUCCCCAUCAUUGGCCAGUAUGGAGAUAUGUUGGUGAGAAACCUGAGGAAGGAAGCAGAGAAAGGCAAGCCGAUCACCUUAAAAGACAUCUUUGGGGCCUACAGCAUGGAUGUGAUUACCAGCACAUCAUUUGGAGUGAACAUUGAUUCCCUCAACAACCCAAAAGAUCCCUUUGUGGAAAAUAUCAAGAAUUUGUUAAAAUUUAAAUUAGUGGAUCCACUCAUUCUCUCAAUAACACUCUUUCCAUUCCUUAUUCCAGUUUUUGAAGCAUUAAAUAUCUUUAUGUUUCCAAAACGUGUUACUGAUUUUUUCACAAAAUCCAUAAAAAGGAUGAAAGAAAGUCGCCUCCAUGAUAAACAAAAGCACCGAGUGGAUUUUCUUCAGCUGAUGAUUAACUCCCAAAAUUCCAAAGAAAUGGACACCCAUAAAGGUUUGUCUGAUCUGGAGCUCGUGGCCCAAUCUAUUAUCUUUAUUUUUGCUGGCUAUGAGACCACUAGCACUUCUCUUUCCUUCCUUAUGUAUAUGUUGGCCACUCACCCUGAUGUGCAGCAGAAACUACAGGAGGAGAUUGAUACAACUUUCCCGAAUAAGGCACCUCCCACCUAUGAUGCCCUGGUACAGAUGGAGUAUCUUGACAUGGUGGUGAAUGAAACUCUCAGAUUAUUCCCAGUUGCUGGAAGAAUUGAGAGGGUCUGUAAGAAGGAUGUAGAAAUCAAUAGGGUGUUCAUUCCAAAAGGGACAGUGGUGAUGGUGCCAAGCAUUGUUCUUCAGAGAGAUUCAGCAUUCUGGCCAGAGCCUGAGGAAUUCCGUCCUGAAAGGUUCAGUAAGAAGAACAAGGACAGCAUAAAUCCUUACAUAUACCUGCCCUUUGGAACUGGACCCCGAAACUGCAUUGGCAUGAGGUUCGCUCUCAUGAACAUGAAACUUGCUGUUGUCAGAGUCCUGCAGAAUUUCUCCUUCAAACCUUGCAAAGAAACACAGAUCCCUCUGGAAUUAGAUACUCUAGGAAUUAUUCAACCUCAAAAACCAAUUGUUCUGAAUGUUGAGUUGAGAGAUGGGACUAUAAGUGGAGCCUGACUUUCCCUAAGGACUUACUUUGUUCUUCAAGGGACCUGUAUCCCACAGCACCCCAGACCUCGAUUUACUUUGUGAAUAAAACCCAGAAAUGAAGAUGAGCCUGACCUACUGCACUUGAUGGAUGACUAGGAAGUCUGUACAUUCAUUUAGCUUUCUCAGUGUCUACAGAGUACUCUAUACUGUGUAAUAUAAAAGAGGUGACUAAGUAAUUUCCAGAUAUGUAGGCCCAGUUUAUUUGGUUCUCAUAGUACUAUCUCCAUGCACCCCCACUUAGUACCAUCUACUCUUCCUGAGCACUGAUCAAGAAUACAAAUUUCUCAAUAGUUUUAUCAACAAACUUUAAUGAAAACAAGAGUUAUUAUGAUAACUGCACCAGUGACAUUUAUAUCACAUGUUUUAUUUUGAAUAUUUUAUAUUGUAUAUUAUAUUGAGCAAGUCAAGGAACAUCUCUUUACAAUAGUAUUAUCUACUGCUUUUGUGCACAGUGGGGGAAUCCAUAGAAUCAAAUCAGUGAGAGCCAGUGACUAAAUGUUUUUGACUCUCACAAUCACUGGUUGAGAACUCCAAUUUGAUAUAUUUAUAAAGAUGAGAGUUAAUCCCCUAUGACUUGGCCCGUUGUUUAGAAAGUACAUUCAUAGUUUAAUUCUACUAUUUUGGAGCACACAUUUUUUCACAGUCAGCUGAGGCACUUAUCCUAUUUUACCUUGGAUUUAAUGUUUCAUCUCAUCUCCCUUGGCAUUCUGGAAGGCAAGGAACAAUUUUCUUUUAUCUCUUUGUAUGUCAUCAUCAACUCCCAACUCUCUUAACACAAUGAAUGUGGAAUAAAAGAUGAUCAAUUGACCAA